CGCAUUCCCCCAAAUUUAUCGGAUUUAAAUGAUCUGUAGCUGCCGAAAUCUUCGAGUUUUGGCACCGAUAUAAGAGCCAUAUGAGAAGGAACCAUCAGUCACACGUAAGAAACAUACGAAAUACAACGGGAUAGAAAGACCCGAGAAACUUGCGAGGCAAUACACCCCAAGCGUAGGGGCGAAACGAAUUCAUCGAGACCCGUAAGAUGGCGCUUUUGUGUCAGCAUUCUCAGCUGCAAAGCACAAGGCAGAAUCCCCCCACAUUGAUGGCGCAGGGGUUGCGUGAAACCAGAACACUUGUGGCAAGGGCGGCAGCCUUACUCGAGACUGGUGGCCAUUUAGCGACUCGAAGUCGCCUAUACUUUCCCCAGAAAGAAUAUCUGAAAGGAAGAGAGCGGCUCUUGAAAUGAAAAACCUACGGGCCAGCAACGGGAUUCAAGAGGGCACAGAAAGGGAAACGACAUUACAUAAUGGCGGUGCGAGCCCCAAGGGCUGGUGUGACUUGGGCACGCUCGAGGGCGAUUCGCGCUCUGACCUUCUCGCUCUCCGGCUGGCCCUACCCGAUAGAGACAAAACCCGGCCAGUCAGAAAGACGGGCCGAGCACCGCAAGCCCAGAGAUUUCGGUGUUAAUGCCGACAGCCGUUGUGGAUCACGUUGGAAGGUCAUGGAUCCGGUGUUUGGUUUUGGAAGAGGACAGCGCAGGCAGACGCACCGGGUGGCAGGGCACAACCUCUCACCUAUUGCACACUGUGUGGAGCUGUUUGUUUGUUGGGGCCUGGUGUGCCUGGCCAGGCGCUCCGGAGUUCAAUGGAGUUAGGGUGGGGGUUCAGUUCAAUCUACGCCUGCGGGCCAAGAGCCGCAUUUCCGCACUGGGCCUGGCCAUGUGCAGCCAAACAACACACAGGCGCAAUCCAGUAUUGCGGGGCGACGCUUCCAACCAUUGGAAGUUAACACGUUUUUGAAAGCCGACGACGCAACCUGCCUGGGCAUGCUGGGGAAGCUUGACAUCGAUCCUGCCGCCAAUUCUCUUCUUCUUUACUAUUUCCUGUUCACAGUUCCUCAACAUUGCGCCUCG